CGUUCUAGUCACAUCCAGCGUUGCAUUGUCGUUGUUUUCGUUUCGCUGAUGGUGUUUUGGUCUUCAACCUGGGUUCAUCCUAAAUGACGGGGAAAUAACAUCCGUGUACCUGCCGUUUUGGUGUGAUUCUAUUGACAUAUUACUAUUACCGCCCACCGGUGAGUUUAUCGCCAUGUUGACAUCAGUUCCUAGCAGGCUAUUUAUCCGAAGGUCGCGUAGCCUUUCACCAUGUAGCCGGGUACUUCAGACGAGUACAAGUGAUCGCAAAAGCCAAGGCCUAGGGAAAACAACUGACGCUAAUCGUAACCCCAUCGUUUCUACCUCCCGCGUCUCAAGAAAAGCUAUCCUUGCCGAAGAGCCUAAAAAUGCUAAUGUUAACCCGGUGGUGCAGUACCACCACAUUGCCACAAGGUGGCUCUCAAACCUUGAGAACCGCCGUGGUUCUUGGGCAGCCUUGGCCAGCAGUGGGCGCAAUAACAGCCAAUACUGGGAGCAGAGUGGACGAGAUGGCGGAGGACAAGGUCAGGGCAAAAGUGGGGGACUUAACCCAUAUGGCUUGGCCUCUGCCGGCGUAUUGUCUGCUGCAGCUGUGGCCUUUUGUCUGAAGAAAGACUCUGAUAACAAAGGUGAUGCACUUUUAGAGGCAGCAAGGACCAAUAACUCCCAAGAUGUUACCAGGUUGCUGCAGGAGGGAGUGGACCCCAACCACCGUCACCGUCUGGGCUGGACCGCUGUCAUGGUCGCAGCCAUGAACCGCCAACACAGUGUUGUGAAGGUCCUGCUGGACGCUGGGGCUGACCCCAAUGCUGGAGACGAUUUCAACAAUGUUUACGACACAUCACGGGAGAAAGGCAUCCACUCGCUAGAAGUGCUGGUGUCCAGGGAGGAUGAGUUCAGCAGCAGGCUGAGCAGCAGAGCUGGGUUCAGGGGCUGCACGGCCCUUCACUACGCCACGCUGGCCGACGACCUCCGCACUGUCUCCAUGCUGCUGGAGGCUGGUGCCAACCCCCUGCAGACCAACGGUUUGGGACAUGCUCCGCGCUCCUACGCCAAGGAGGGAGAGCUGCACAAAGUCCUGCAGGAGUGGGAGGGCAAGGUACAACACACACACACACGCACACACACAAUUACCUGCCUGCUUCUCUCAUCGUCGCUGUGCGUUGAUUUAUCUGCAGGAAAGACGGAGUUGGCCAAACAGGUGGCUCGUUACAUGCACAAGGAUAUCAAAAAGGGUUUCAUCCGCAUGGACAUGUCCGAGUUCCAGGAGAAACACGAGGUGGCCAAGUUCAUCGGCUCCCCUCCCGGCUACGUGGGCCACGAGGAGGGCGGUCAGCUCACCAAGCAGCUGAAGGCCUACCCCAACGCCGUGGUCCUGUUCGACGAGGUGGACAAGGCCCACCCCGACGUGCUCACCAUCAUGUUACAGCUCUUUGACGAGGGCCGUCUGACGGACGGCAAGGGGAAGACCAUCGAAUGUAAGGACGCCAUCUUCAUCAUGACCUCCAACGUGGCGAGCGACGAGAUCGGCGAGCACGGCGUGCAGCUGCGGCAGGAAGCGGAGAAGCUCAGCCGCAGGAAGCUGGCGGACAACCUGGAUGAUGUCCAGAAGAUCGAUGACAUCAAGAUCUCCAGACAGUUUAAGGACUCUGUGAUCCGGCCCAUUCUAAAAGCCCAUUUCCGAAGGGACGAGUUUCUGGGGAGGAUCAAUGAGAUCGUCUACUUCCUGCCCUUCUGUCACUCCGAGCUUCUGCAGCUGGUCAGCAAGGAACUACAGUUCUGGGCCAAAAAGGCGAAGCAGCGGCACGGCAUCACUCUGCAGUGGGACCGUCCUGUUCUGGACCUGCUGGCUGGGGGCUACAACAUGCACUACGGGGCCCGCUCCAUCAAACACGAGGUGGAGCGGCGGGUGGUUAACCAAUUAGCCGCUGCAUACGAGCAGGAGCUGCUGCCGAAGGGCUGCACCCUGCGGCUGAUUGUCCAAUCAGACGGUCAGGAGGAGCCGCACCCGCCCAGCCUGCGUCUGGAGGUGGUGGGAGAGGACAGCUCAGCCAGGACCCUGGACAUCCGACCUCCACUCAGCCCCGAGCACUAGGACCACACACACACACACAC